CCUUAAAGUAAGAGCUGAAAAUGGCUGCAGCUUCCUCCUAGACUCCUCUAUGAGGAGCAGAACCUGGGGGCAGCCCUGUGUGUCCUCCUUGCCACCAAGAACAUCUAUGGAAAUUGGACACUCUGGCCCCAGCAACCACAGUAACACAGGUGUGGAUGGUCUUCAGAGCCAGGGUUUAGGGGUGCACUGAGGAUCACUGGGGCUUCCAGGAACCCACAGCUCUGUCCAGAUGGGAAUAUUUUUUCCUGAGAACUUUCACCUGUUGCCUUCCUAUGGUGAACCUGGACUUGACCUUCCACUCUGAAGAUGAAAGGCUCCACUGCCUUCCCUCUGGCAAGUUGUCUCCUCCCUCUGCUCCUCCUGGUGUCUAUGGGAGUCUCAAAAGAAGUGUCUUGGUUUAUUGUGAAGGGACCAUCUGAGACCAUCACAGCCCUGCUGGGAACUGAUGCCAUCCUGCCCUGCCAGUUGUUUCCUGAGCAGAGUGCAGCUCGCAUGCACAUCCGAUGGUACCGUGCCCAGCUUACCCCUGCUGUGCUGGUGUUCCACAACAGGCAGGAGCAAGGAGAGGUGCAGAUGCCCGAGUACCGAGGCAGGACCCAGAUGGUGAGACAUGCCAUCGACACUGGAAGUGUGGCUUUGCAGAUACAGAAGGUCCAAGCCUCUGAAGAUGGCCUGUACCACUGUCAGUUUACAGACAACCUCACCUCCCAAGAGGUCUCCAUGGAACUUCAAGUCACAGGUUUAGGCUCUGCCCCUCUUGUUCACAUGACAGGACUUGAGAAUGAUGGGAUCCGAGUGUUGAGCUCCUCAAGUGGCUGGUUCCCAAAACCCAAGGUGCAGUGGAGAGACACCGUCGGGGACACUCUACUGUCUUCCUCUGAGUCACAGGUCCAAGACAGAGACAGGCUCUUCCACGUGGAAGCGUCUCUUUUGGUCACAGAUAGAGCUGUAGGCCACGUGAUCUGCUCCAUCCAAAAUCCUAUCUACAACCAGGAGAAAUCGAAGGCCAUCCUCCUCCCAGAGCCCUUCUUCCCCACCACGUGUCCAUGGAGCCUAGCCCUGGCUUGCUUCCUCCCCAUACUAUUGCUCCUCCUUGGUGGGAUCAGCCUCGCUGCCUGGAAAGAACAUCGAGUCAAAAGGAGAGAAAUGAAGAAAUGUUCAAAAGAACAUGAUGAAAUACUUCAGAUGAAGAAGGAGACGAAAACUGCACUGAAGGUCAGAGAUGACCUCCAGGCCGACCUAGAUCGGAGGAAGGCGCUGUACAGAGAAGACUGGAAGAAGGCCUUCCUCUACCCUGACUGGAGGAUGGAACUGUUCCAGCUGGCUCAUGUGAUGAUAAAUCAUGAAAUGCCUACCCAGGACAAGUCUGACUCAAAGACAGAAGAAAACAGAGGUAAGGAGACAGCAGAUCCAUCUGUCAGCAGCUCACAAGGAGACCACAACAUCAUCAUGCUCUCCCAGGAAGGCUUCAUGUUGGGGCGAUACUACUGGGAGAUGGAUGUCGAGGACAUGGAGGAGUGGACACUAGGAGUUUAUGAGCUGUACACUCAGGAUGCAUCACCCACAGGCUCCUUGAGGAAAUUCAGAGUCCUGGAAAAGAAGGGAGACGAAUACAGGGCUCUUGCCUUCAGUUCCCAAAACAUUUUUUGGAAGAACCUCUGCCACUGGAGACACAUCCACUGAAGACUGCCAUCUUCUUGGAUCAGGAGGAUAACGACCUCUCUUUCUAUAACAUGACUGAUGAGACACACAUCUUUUCCUUUGCCCAGGACACUUUCUUGGGAUCACUCUAUCCUUACUUCAAACGUAAUUCAUGGAGCUCUCUCCAACAGCACAGCCCUAAGUGAUGUGCACAGGGAACUCAAUGGGUGGGUGCUGCAGUGUGCCACCUGUAAGGUCCUCCUGGCCAGGUACAGGGACCUCUGGCCGGGAGGCCUCUUAACCUGAGAUUCCAUGAGCCUCUGGGAUCAGAUCCUGGACAAGAUUCUCGGACCAUUUGUGUUGUGCAUGGUGUUAUAAUUGUUAAUAGUCUUCCUUCUUUUGACAUAAAUGUGUUUGAUCAUUCCUAAGAUAAAUGAAUUCCUGGUUUUCUGA